AUGUCGUCGUCGGCGUUCGGCGACUUCGGUCCGCUCACCGAGCGCCGCCGCGCCGAGAAUGCGCGAAAGCAGCGCAGACGCAUCAUGAUCGCCGCCGGGACCGUCUCCAUCAUCAUCAUACUCAUCGUCAUGGGCAGCGCCGCGGUCAUGUACAGCGGGAAGAAGUCGUCCAGCGACGGUGGCCACAAGUCUGCUUCCAAGAGCACGUCGUCGCCGGCCAAAGGCAAGUCCAGCGGCGGGUCGGACUCGGACUCGGAAGCAGAAGCGGAAUCGGUGUCGGACGCGAAGCCGAAGACGGAUCUGAAGGCCGUGUCCAAGAGCAUCAAGGCGAUGUGCUCGCAGACAGACUACACGGACGCGUGCGUGAAGAGCCUUGGCAAGGCCGCUAACGCCAGCUCGUCGUCCCCCAAGGACAUCGUCCGCAGCGCCGUGGAGGUGAUCGGCAACGCGAUCAGCCAGGCGUUCGACCGCGCGGACCUGAUCCUGAGCAACGACCCGCGCGUGAAGGCCGCCGUCGCCGACUGCAAGGAGGUGUUCGCGGACGCCAAGGACGACCUCAACAGCACGCUCAAGGGCGUCGACGACAAGGACGGCAUCGCCAAGCAGAGCUACCAGCUGCGCAUCUGGCUCAGCGCCGUGAUAGCCAACAUGGAGACGUGCGUCGACGGGUUCCCCGACGAUGAGUUCAAGGCCAAGGUGAAGGAGUCGUUCACCGACGGGAAGGAGCUCACCAGCAACGCCCUGGCGCUCAUCGAGAAGGGGUCAUCGCUCCUCUCCGUACUCAAGGGCGGCUCGAAACGACGGUUGCUCGAGGAGGAGGAAGGCGCGGCGGCGUCGGCGUCGCAAGCCGGGCCGGCACUCGACAAGGACGGCAUCCCGGAGUGGGUGCCCGACGGUGAGCGGAGGGUGCUCAAGGGCGGCGGCUUCAAGAACACACUCACGCCGAAUGUGGUGGUGGCGAAGGACGGCAGCGGCAAGUUCAAGACCAUCACCGAGGCGCUCGCCGCCAUGCCAAAGACCUACGACGGAAGAUACGUGAUCCAAGUGAAGGAGGGGAUGUACGAGGAGUACGUGACCAUCACCAAGACGAUGAAGAACGUGACCCUCUUAGGUGACGGCUCCAAGAAGUCCAUCGUCACCGGCAAGAAGAGCUUCGCCGACGGGAUCACGACUUUCAAGACAGCAACCUUCACUGCGCAAGGCGACGGGUUCAUGGCGAUCGGGAUGGGGUUCCAGAACACAGCCGGCGCGGAGAAGCACCAGGCGGUGGCGCUGCUGGUGCAGUCGGACAAGGCCAUCUUCCUCAACUGCAAGAUGGACGGGUUCCAGGACACGCUGUACGCGCACUCCAAGGCGCAGUUCUACCGCAACUGCAUCAUCUCCGGCACCGUGGACUUCAUCUUCGGCGACGCGGCGGCGGUGUUCCAGAACUGCAUCCUCAUCCUGCGCCGCCCAAUGGACAACCAGCAGAACAUCGUGACCGCGCAGGGCCGUGCGGACGCGCGGGAGGCCACGGGGUUCGUGCUCCAGAAGUGCGAGUUCCAGGCGGAGGCCGCGCUCCGGGACGCCGGGCGCCCGGCCAUCCGCAACUACCUGGGCCGGCCGUGGCGCGAGUGCUCGCGCACCAUCUUCAUGGAGUCGGAGAUCCCGGACUUCAUCGACAAGGCAGGGUACCUGCCCUGGAACGGCGACUUCGGGCUCAAGACGCUGUGGUACGCCGAGUUCGGCAACACCGGGCCCGGCGCCAGCACGGCGGGGCGCGUCAACUGGCCGGGGUUCAAGAAGGUGAUCAGCAAGGCGGACGCGACCAAGUUCACGGUCGAGAACUUCCUGCACGCCCAGCCCUGGAUCGACCCCACAGGCACGCCGGUGAAGUACGACCUAUUCACAUGA